GCACGGGGCCGCCGCCCCUCCGGACCCCGGCCUGGGCGCGCCCCGGGAGGCCGGGUGGGAGGGGCCGCCCCGGGCUCCCCGCGCCCCUCCCGCGGGCCCCGCCGCUUCCGCUCGCCCUGGGGCCGCCCGGGGAGCCAGGACGCGCAGCCCGGGCUCCUUGGACGCCGCGUGGGGGGCUCCCUGCUGUCACCCUUCUGCCAAACCCACUGUGAGGUCUCCUAGUGUGCUGGCCUGAGUCCUCUGGGCCCCACCCCCACGCACAGAUGGGGAAACUGAGGCACAAGGCUACCAAGUGGCUGGGCCCUGGAUGCACUGGAAGAUCCCACCCCCUCCAGGCCCACCUGUUACUGUUGUGGACGGUGCUCAGCUGUGGUUUGGGGAGCAGUGCUCAGGGUCCGGGGGAGUGGACGCCAUGGGGGUCCUGGAGCCGCUGUUCCAGCUCCUGCGGGCGGGGGCUAGCCGUGCGCAGCCGGCGCUGCAUCCGGCUCCCCGGGGAACAUCCGUGCUGGGGGGAUUCCCAUGAGUAUCGUCUCUGCUCCCUACCGGACUGCCCCUUAGGGGCCGUGCCCUUUCGUGAUCUCCAAUGUGCUCUCUACAAUGGCCACCCAGUCACGGGCAUUCAGAAGACCUACCAGUGGGUGCCCUUCUAUGGUGCACCCAACCAGUGCGACCUCAACUGUUUGGCGGAGGGGCACACCUUCUACCACAGCUUCGGCCGAGUGCUGGACGGUACCCCCUGCAGCCCUGGUGCCCAGGGGCUCUGCGUGGCAGGCCGCUGUCUUAGCGUGGGGUGCGACGGUUUGCUGGGCUCCGACGCUCGCGAGGAUCAGUGCGGUCGCUGCGGAGGCGCCAACGACUCGUGCCUUUUCGUGCAGCGUGUGUUCCGGGACGCUGGGGCCUUCGCGGGAUACUGGAACGUGACUCUCAUUCCAGAAGGCGCCAGACACCUCCGUAUCUCCCACCGGAGUCGCAACCACCUGGCACUGAUGGGGGGUGAUGGGAGCUACGUGCUCAAUGGGAACUGGGCCAUCAGCCCACCUGGGACCUACGUGGCAGCGGGCACCCGUGUGGUCUACACCCGUGAUGCUGAACUGGAGGAGACUCUGCAAGCCACAGGGCCCACAACCCAGGACAUGCUCUUACAGGUUCUGCUGCAGGAGCCCAACCCCGGUAUCGAGUUUGAGUUCUGGCUCCCCCAGGAACGCUAUGACCCGUUCCUGGCUCAGAGCCAGGCCCUGGGCUGGUCUCUGCGGCAGCCACAGCCCCGGGAGGUGGAACUUCAGCCCCCUGUGAUCCCCACGGCCCCCGCUGCCCGCCCCCCACGGACCUCGACCCCUGCCCCAGACUCCUGCCCCCCCUGUCCCGACACCCGAGGCCGUGCCCACCGGCUUAUCCACUACUGCAACAGCGACUUUGCACUGCUCUCUGCCCAGUGUUCCGAGCCCAAGUGCUGGGCCGCCUCCGUCAGGCCGAGGAGACCCGCUACGAGGUGCGUGUGCUUCUCAUCUACAAGAACCGCUCGCCCCUGCGUGCCCUGGAGUAUGUGUGGGCACCGGGCCGCUGCCCCUGCCCGCCGCUGGCCCUGCAUCGCGAGUACCUGCUGGCCGCCCGGCGCCUCGUCAGCCCCGAUGGCACCAAGGACCAGCUGCUGCUCCCGCACUCGGGCUAUGCCCGGCCCUGGAGCCCCGCGGAGGACAGCCGUGUGCGCCUGACUGCCCGCCGCUGCCCUGUCUGAGUUCACGGCUAAAGCCCCCCCCCCCCCA